AUGGAGAAAUUCUGUGACGUUCAUGCUCCAGGCCUGUUUGAAGACAUCUUCCAGGCUAUAUUGAAUGAUGACAAACAACCCCCCUCCAUUAAGAGAUGCAAUCUCCAGCGGAUAAGAGUAGUUUCUCUUCUGCAUAACCUCAGCUUUUUCAGAAAUCAGGUAUGGUCCCCAUUUCGUACGAACAAAAAUGAUGUUAAAACUACUUACAUGCACCAUAAUAGAAUUAAACCACAUUAAAGGAUAAGGGAGAAGACGCCAACUCAUAUGUACAACACACUAUUUUUUCCUUCUUUCUUCAAGAGAAAUAAUCUUUUAAAAAAAGAAAAAUAAGAAAUCUGUCUCUGGUGAUAACAAAAUACAAAUAAAACUUUGAAAGUAUAUUGAAAGUAGACUUGUUACAUGUGAACAACCAUCCACACACUCAGAGAUUAUUUGUCAUGGAAAAAAAUGAUAGGAUCUUGAAAAAAUUAAUCAUAUUUAUCUAAUGAUGUUUCAUUGGCAGAAAAACUGUCCAAUGCAAAAAGCGAGUGGUCUUCAACUUAAAUUAAGUGGAGCAAGUUACUCCUCACUGAUGUCUGGAAUGGUGCUUGGAUACAGUUGCCAUCCUCACUCUAUAAACAAUUAUGAGAAAGCUUUGGCCACAACAAACAAAGAAGAAGUGAGAAAAAAAGUGAAAAUUGCAAUGAAGGUAUAAUAAGAAAGACCUUAAAAAAUAAUCUUCCAUGGUCAAUAACAGAUUAAUAAGAAAAUAUCCUUUUACAUUUUCGGUCCAAGGUAAUGAAUCUAAAAAUACACUUCACCUGUGCCUUGUCUUGAAUGGCUCAUAAAGCCUUAUUGUGACUGGACAGCAGGGGCCUUUUGUAUGCCUCUCCCUCAACCAGUCCAGCAUUCAACUACAAAAAGAUACCUACUACUGAAAACAAAAAGUUGUUGGGAUAUUAAGAGGCAACUACCACCCUUGGUAACUUGAGAAUGGGAUUUAUUUUGAGGAAGGGAAACACAUUAUCAGAGACACACUUAUCAUAUCAUGACCAAAAAACAAUCUCAGACAUAAGAUUUCCAGCUACAUUUUUCUCUCUAAAUAGUUAAGAAGGCAUUGGUAAGCAGUCUUUUUUGAACAAUGUCAAAGACCAUAAAUUAUACAUAUACAAUGCUGUAAUAUUUGCAACUGCAUCAAAAGAUCUUAGUCAGAAACUUUUUUCAAAGGAAGAAAAAUUCAUCCUACGCAUUGAAGAUGACAUCCACUUCAUACAUGCACAAAGGAAGCCAACGAGCUCAGUAACAAGUACAUCAUGGCGCAUGUGCACAGUGUUAGCAGACAUCCAUUGUAACAUCCACGCUGUGCCUCAAAAUGAUGACAUUAAAUUAAACCACCGGUCACCAAGAGUGGUGAUGCCAGAUGGAGCAAUCAGAGAGUGCCAGGGAGGAAUUGAUAUUGACCACCUCUAG